CUUAAAAGAGAACUAGUUCCGGCUCUGGUCUGGGAAAUUGCAAGAUGUUUGGAUUGCUGCGACACCUGUUCAAAUUGCAGUUUCUCUUCGUUGUGGCGGCCGUUUUGGCCGGAUUCUACCACACGGAGAUCAGGCAGUUCCUGCGGCGACAUACGGACCACUACCUGGACCAAGCUGGCCGGAAUGAAGGUAUUCCGGUGGCCUUCCAAGCCGAUGACGAAGUCGGCACGCUCUUCACGCCGGCUGAACUGUCGCAAUUCAAUGGGGAGGAGGGCCGCCCCCUCUAUUUGGCCCUCCUGGGAUCCGUAUUCGAUGUGAGCCGCGGGAUCAAGCACUACGGAUCCGGCUGCAGCUACAACUUCUUCGUGGGUCGCGACGCCUCCGUGUCGUUCAUUUCCGGGGAUUUCGAUGCCUACGAUCCGGAAACGGCCGACGAUGUGCUCACCCUAAAGCCAGAGGAUCUGAUAGGCCUGGUCGGCUGGCGGGAUUUCUACCAGAAGGACUACGUCUUUAAGGGCAGGCUGAUCGGACGCUUCUACGAUGACAGGGGUCAACUGACCACCUAUCAUCACAAGUUCCUGGAGCUGCUGCAGCAGGCGCAGGACGCCAAGCGGCAGGUGGAGGAGAUGCGUGCCCGUUAUCCCGGCUGCAAUAUCGAGUGGAGCGAAUCCCAGGGCACCCGCGUUUGGUGCACGAAAACCAGCGGUGAUGGCAAGGAGCGCUCCUGGAUCGGUCAUCCCCGCAAGCUCUACAGCCGCGGGAACAAGAAUUUCCAGUGCGCCUGUGUGCCCGAUUCGGAGCUGGACGAGAUCGAUGCCGGCGGCAAUGCGGCCCACGCAGACGCAAUGCUCAAACCAUACGACAAUUGUGAGCCCCGGGCACAAGAGUGCUUCUAUAGGGUGUAGCAGCUAGCCUUGGAUUUGUAAAUAUUGCAAUUGACUAAUAAAACGAUAAUCACAAAUUUGA